AUGAAGCUUAGGUUCUCUUACUUUUCUGGAUACUGUGGAUACUUCCUUUUUCUGCAAGUGACGAUGUCCUCAGAGAAACUAGUGAUACCUACUCGCAAAGGACAGGUGUUAGCUAGAGUAGGAGACCAGGCUGAACUCAGCUGCCAGGUGAUCCCACCACGCAGUGUGGAGUACAUGGAGGUGCGUUGGUUCAGGAGUGGCCAUUCCCAACCUCUUUACCUAUACAGAGGUAGCCAUGGAGCGAAUGGAGAAGCUGCACCUGAAUAUGUGAAUCGUAUAGAGUUUGUGAAAGAGGCCAUUGGAAAGGGAAAAGUGGCCCUCAGAAUUCAUAAUAUCAGCAUUCCUGAUGAUGGGCUUUACCAAUGUUCACUUAAUGACAGUGUCUUCAGUUAUGUGGACAGCAUGAAUCUCAGUGUGGCAGCAGUUGGAUUGGAGACACAGAUUCAUGUUCAGGCUCCUGGUGCUGAUGGAGUCAUUGUGGAGUGUAACUCAACAGGGUGGUUCCCUCAGCCACAAAUGGAGUGGAGAGACAGCAGGGGCAAAGCACUUUCACCAUCAUCAAAAUCAUAUUCACAGGAUGGCUUUUUCCACUUAAAGACAACUCUUCUCACAAAACGGUCACAGGGUGUUAUCACGUGCUGUAUUUUCAACCCUUUAACAGGUGAAGAGAAGCAAACAAGUAUCAUCCUAGCAAAUGACCUCUUUAAUCAAGAGCACAUUUGGAUGAACCUUUUGACUUCCAUUGCAUUUAUAAUGAUCAUUGUAUUUGUGAUAUACAUCUGCUUUCACAUAAGACAAGGAUCUCCAUCUGCUUGUCAACUUCGGUAUCACUGUGUAUUUAACUCAGAGCCCUUUCAAAUAUUGAGCUUCCUAUCCUGUACUGUUGUACUCUUUGCUGUAUAUCUACCACUCCGGAUCAGAGUCUCUAUUUCAGAUCCUCAGUUUUCCUUAUAUAACUCCUGGAUAGCCGAAUUGCUCUUUGUGAUAUGUUUCCUGGUGGCAUGUUUCGUCUUACCAAUCAUUGGAUUAUUAUUGAAAGAACUUGGAGAUUUCCAUCAAUGGACAGAAAAACUCAGACAGCUUAACUGGAUGAGAAAAAGCUCAUGAGGUCUCAAUCCUCCACAAAGAACUCUAGACAACUGAGGAAAGCUGGAAUCAGGAGAGGUGUUUUCCACAGGAAAGAGCUACCAAUUGAUUGUCUAGUGGCAAAUCAA